GCUCUCAAGGCGUGUCCUCAUCUUGGCAACGUUUAUUGUCCUCAAAUUAAAACCCUGUUCCACGCACAGCAGACCUCCUUUUCCUCUUUUGCUUUCGUCGUUCUCUCUCCGUCUCAUCGAUCUCUGCUUGGCUGUCUCUCGGUCUCACCUCUGCUUGGCUUUCUCUCCGACGCAGCAGUCCCUUCUUCUCUUCAUUGAGUCUCUCCUUAUUUAGGUUAUCUUUGGAGUUCCAGUCGUGCGGUGCUUCGGGUUUGUGUCACCGACGCUUUUGGCUUCUUUCGUCUUCCAAAGUGAAAUUAGUUCUAUCUUGAUAGUGAUCGCGUUGAUUCGGCCUUGAUCACAUUCGCUCAGAUUUUGGCAUUGAAAUAGUAUACGUAGCUCCAAGUUUCUAUGCUGCCAUGAUUGAAGACGAUGAUCAGUUAGACAUAGAUGAUAUCGAGAUUGACAUUCCUGAAGAGAAACCGAAAGAGCAGAAUAUGUUGGCAGCACUUAAUAAGGAAAAACUGGCAAGCAAGUUUAUGGCCUUUAAAGUAAUGAAACAAAUGAAGACUAAGAGUGAGAAAAGUAACCCAAAGGAAGAGCAACAGGAUGAGAAGGUUGGCUCUGUUGAUGAAAUCAAGAGGAGAUAUGGAUUUUUGUCUGCUAGCUCAAGGGAACAAGAACAGAUCAAAGACAAAGCAAGAGUAGAUAUCAUGUGGUCCUUCUCUUGA